CUUCUGUCAAAAGAUGCUAAGAAGGUCUGUAAGAUGACGCGCGUGAGUGAAAUGUGGACUGCCUUCGAAAGAGAGAAGACAAAACGUGAUUUUGCCAACAGCAUCCGAGUUCGGGCAAAGUUGUUUGGAGCAAAAUAUACAAAAGGCACGAGCAUGGAUAAAUAUUUGGAGAGUCUCGAAGACUACCGACGCCAGCUUGAAAACAUGAAUUCGCCGAUUAGUGACGAUGAAAUGGCGAGAAUUAUCCUGACCAGUGUAGAAGGAACUCAUCGGAAUGUUAUCAGG